AGUCUGAUUUGGUGAUCAAAUCUUACCAUAAAAGUAUGAUUUUUGGCAAUUAAGAUAUUUGCAUUGGAGCCUCAUGCAUAUUUAAAGUGCUUGCUGUGGCCAAAAUUGUAAUGUGUUGAAAUUUAAGAGGAUAUGUCCUCUUAAAGACCAUGUUUUUCAGUUCCUGAGUUGUCUGAUAUGGUUACAGUAACACAUCUCUGUAUCCAAAUGUUUCAACAAGAUGCUGUACCAAAUUAUGAGAUAUGACAUGAUAAAACUAAAUAAGACAUUGAACCACCUUUUUAAAUAAUUAAAAUGUAUUAUACUUUUAUGUAUUUAACAGAAUGGAUGGCCCAGCAGGAAAUGCCAAAAAAGAGAUGCCCAAAAGAGUGCGAUACCCACCGAAGAAGUUGCGUUUUUAUGAACCAGACCCUGGCUCACCCAAAGAUGACUCCGAUGGACUUUUUGUAUUUUUGACCUUUGAAGAUGGAUACACGGCAAAGAUAUUUAAUGUCUGUGAUAUACUAAGCAAAGAUGAUAAACCCACUGCCUGCCUUAGAGAUCUGAAGCCAGGGGAAGAAGUACUUGCAAGAUGGUCCAACAGCAAGUUCUACCGCACCACAGUGGACUUCGUUGGAACAGAUAACAAGACAGUGGAUGCCAAGAAGGCCACAAAGAAAGACAUGAAAAAAAGAGAUGCAGCUGCUCAAAGAUUCUACAACCUUCCAUCACUACCUCAAGCAGGUCAGUCCACCUCUGUACAGGAUCAUCCAAAUACUGUGGACCACAAUGUCAUCCAGCCUCCAACUACCUGGCCAGUGUACCAACCUCAACCUAUCGAGUCAUCUUUACCUAUCCAGCCACAGCACCAGCCUGUAACUGCCUGGCCACAGUACCAGGUUCCAGUUUCCCAGUCAUCACCACACACGCAUCCAUGUUACCAGCAUCCACCUAUCCAGCCACUCCACCAGUAUGCACCCACUCUGUCUCCAGUCACACAUUGUUCCAACCUUUCGCAGUAUCCAAAGCAUCACCAACCUCACACGGCACUGCCCACAUCUUCAGACCUGUCACAACAACCUGUUUUGGUGGAUUUGGAUCACCGAAGACAGCCACCAGCUCCUACUGUAACACCCAAAGAAAGCUUUCUCAAAAUGUUGUACAGUCCUAAUAAAAACCAAAAACCUGCUGUUCUUGGGGACCAGAGCCAGCCUAGUACGUCUGAACAUGAGACUUCUUCAAGCUCAUCAUCUGCAGAUACUUUAAUCAUCGAGCGUGAUCCACUUCCAGAAUAUGGAGAGCCAGUUUUCAGUUUGCCUGAAUCAAGAGAAGACAGAUCAUGGAAGCCAUGCAGGGCAUGCAAGCCAGAGGUGGAAAAAUUAGUGGAGGAGAAGGCCAAACUGCAGGAUGUGCUGUGCGGUAUAAGUGGUGAGCACCUCGAGGCAUUAAAAAGCUUUCUGAACAAAGUGGAACAGAUCCAACCUCAGGCUGGUGUUGGGGCUCCAGAACACAGAUCUGGGAAGCAAGAGCUGUAUCCAGAAAGUGGCCUAUUCGUGUCUUCUACCCGCCUGGCUGCAAUACAUGCAGAAGCAAAGAAGGACUGCCUCCGAUUGUUCCAUCUUCUUUUUGAUGAGUUCUUUACUGCAGCAGAGUGCCGAAAUGCUGUGGCCUUUGGGAAGCACGGGAAGGUGCCAGAUGGGAAGACAGUCCUGGAUAAGUUCAAGGUCAAUGGGAUUCUAACUUACAUCAUGCGCUGUAGUACCCUGGAUGGAUGGACACCUGUGGAGAAAAGUAAGGUCAAAAAAGCCUUCAUAAACAAAUGCCGCAUCAGGGCCACAACACUGUAAAGUAUUGGAUGUGGCACACUGAGACAUUUGUUGAAAUGACCAUGUUCAAAAAAAGCCCCUGUAUACAAAUGCUGCAUGAGGGCCUUAAGACUCUAAAGUUGUUAAAUGUUGUGCAAUGUGCACUGUUGUAAAGUUGUGCUGAUACUGCUUAAAACACUGGAGACCUUGUUACUGUUUUAAAAACAUAGGUUUACUGAAAAGGGACACAUUUAUUGUUCAGGUUUUAUAAUGACAAU